CACCGAGCCGAAGCCCACCUGGGUGUGGCGCAGAGCACGCGCCCACACACGCGCACUGCCUUUUUCCGAGCGGACCCGGGCGGCUCCGUUCUUCUCCGCCUCCUCCUCCGCUCGUCGCCGGGUCUCCUCUGCCUCUCUCUGCUCGCCGAGCCUCUCCACGGAAACCGCUUCUCUUCACCGCUGAAAGACACUGACCAUAAAAUGGCCAACCGGGGAACCGUCAGACCAAGUGGAAACUUCAACGCCAGUGCAGAUGCUGAAGUCCUGCACAAGGCCAUGAAGGGACUAGGAACCGAUGAGGACGCCAUCUUGGAGCUGCUGGUUGCUCGCAGCAACGCUCAGCGUCAGGAGAUCAAGAGCACCUAUAAAACUCUCUUUGGAAAGGAUCUGAUCGACAAUCUGAAGUCGGAGCUGGGUGGCAAAUUCGAGACCCUCAUCGUGGCCCUGAUGACCCCACCCCUGGCGUACGAUGUGACGUCUCUUCGUAACGCCAUCAAGGGAGCUGGAACUGAUGAGAAAGUGUUAGUGGAGAUUCUCUCCUCUCGAACCUGCCAGCAGGUGAGCGAGAUCGUGGCCGCCUACAGGCAAGAGUACGAUGACGACCUGGAGGAGGACAUCUGCGGCGACACUUCCGGCCACUUCAAGAGGCUUCUGGUCAUUCUUCUGCAGGCCAACAAGCAGAAGGGCAUCCAGCAUGAGCACGUCCAGAGCGACGCUCAGGUUCUCUUCAAGGCAGGGGAGGAGAAGUUCGGCACUGAUGAGCAGACGUUCAUCACCCUGCUGGGUAACCGGAGCGCAGAGCACCUGAGGCUAGUUUUCGCCGAGUACAUGAAGCUCUCUGGAUAUGAGAUGGAGGAGACCAUCAAGAGGGAGACCUCGGGGAGUCUGAGGGACCUGCUCCUCGCCGUCGUGAAGUGUGCCCGCAGCGUUCCUGCCUAUUUCGCCGAGACCCUCUACUACGCCAUGAAGGGAGCAGGAACCGAUGACAACACUCUGAUCAGAGUGAUGGUGAGUCGCAGUGAGGUGGACAUGCUGGACAUUAGGAAGGAGUUCCGCAGGAUGUUCGCUUGCUCCCUGCAUUCCAUGAUCAAGGGUGAUACCGGUGGCGACUACCGCAAGGCCUUGCUGCUGAUCUGCGGAGGAGAUGAUGCGUAACCAUGGCAACCACUAGAACCACACCAGAAGUGCCUCCUUCAACACCACCAAAAAGUCCAUCGCAACAACUAGUUACUUGUGUGCGACGUCUUUUAAAACGAUCAUUCCAAACGGUAGCUAACCUGUUGACAUUCAAGCCGCUUUCUUGUCAACUAAUAUUCUUGGAAAUAACUCUUGUUUUAUUUCAGUAAUGUACGUUUGCACUUUGUAUGGCAGAACCAAUCUAUGGAAAUUAAAAGCAUCCAGAUGAUGAAGUACAAUCGGA